AUGGACUCUGAACCCAAAACGCUAUAUGUAACAGCAAAAUUUUCGAAUGAUUUUACUAUUGAUAUUCCGUUGCCAGCUUUUGAAGAACUCUUGGAAAUCAAAAAGAUGAACGAUUUGCAUUCGAACACUUCUUUGGUUCACGAACAAAUUGAUAAAACAAUUUCGCAGCAGUUGGAAAGGAAACUUGGGCGAAUGCUAAUGGGCCAUAUCGGGAUGCUUUUAAUCAACUCGCUGAUCAGUUAA